AGUAUUUUCUGUAACUUCAUGUUCAAACAUUACAGGUAACUGAUUACUACUUUGCUCCAUGUUUCCUGAAACAAACACCACCAGAUGAUUUGUUAUCUUCAGAACGCUUACCUGAAAAUAGGAGGUCGACCAGUAAACUAUGCUUGACAACAAAAUUACAAUUUCUACAUGCAGCUGUUUUCAACAAACUCCUUGCAGCUUGUAUCAAUAAAUGGCAGCUAUCAAAAAAAGAUGGAAAAUACUUGGUUUACCGUGGAUGUGCUAUAUUUGAUCUUGAACAAAACCAUACACUUUAUGUGUAUUUUUUCAAUCAUGUUAUUCAAAUAUGGCUCACAAAAUACAGCACAAAAAAGGAAAAGCCUAGCCAAUCUGUAUGUAUUGAUGUUUACACAUUCCUCUUAGACCGGCUCACCAACUGUUUGAAACGGUCUGGUGACCUAAAGGUGUUAUUCAAAUGUUCGUCUUCAAAGCAUAAUUCAAUUGAAAACAUGUUCUCAAAAGAUGAACUGUCAGAAAAGUCAGAAGUUGUAUGCAAAUGCACGACAGAAGAGCAUGUGUUUCAAACGAAGGAGCUUACAGAGUAUUGGCUCAAUACAAAAAUGUUUCAAAAGAGUUCCUGUAUCUUUGAUGGCCGAUUGAUGCUAUUGCAAAACCAUGAAAUAAUCAUCUUGGAAUCAUCAUUAAAUGAAGAGCCUACAGGAAAAGGCAAAGUAUAUCUUUGCAACAAUCAGGAAAUAUUUGGAAUUCCUGUUGCCGUGAAGAAGAUUAAAACAAAAUGUGAUCCAAAAAUUGAAAGUCAAGUCAGAAGGGAGAAGAUAGCAUGCAGACUCAUGAACCCAUUCAUACUCCCUCUCCUAGCUGCUGUUGAAAAAUCAAAAGAGGAAGUUUGGUUAAUAUCUCCUUAUUGUGAAAACGGUGAUCUCCAUGAUGCAAUUGCAAGAGGUAAAGAUCAGAACAGUACAGAUGAGAUAAACAUAAAUAAGCAGGCUACAAGAGUGAAGAUUUUACUGCAAAUUGCGCUAGCAAUACAGUAUAUUCACACCCCUGUCCAGAAUGUCAGAGGUCCAAUUUUACAUCAAGACAUAACGUCUAAAAAUGUUGUCCUGGAUAAAUAUCUAAAUGCACGCCUUAUCAACUUUGGUUUGGCCAAAGAAAAAGACGACAGUCCUUAUGUAGGUGAUUGGAAAGGUGCCAAAGAAUACAAUGACAUUCAUAGCUUUGGGAUCAUUAUUCGAGAUAUGUUGACUAGCCUUGAACUUCAAGAAGAUGAUCAUUUCCUAAUGGAAAAGAAUCAGAUAGAAGAAAGACUUGAUGCAAAGGUUUGGAAAUGUGAGGAAGUCAUUCAAACAUUGAAUGACUUAUCCUACAAUUGUUUGAAAUGUCCAUGGACUAUUGAAGAUUUCAAAGCAAAAGUGAUUUAUGAAUUGCGAAACAUUAUGGAAAGAACAUUGGAUUGUGCGAUAUUUGAAAACAAAGAGGAAGUUAAAUGUCAUCAAUGUAUCAUCAAUCCAAUUGCUGAAAAAUCUUCGUUGACUGAAGAUAAUGCCAACUGCCGUAAAAAAAUAAGAGUAUGUAUGGCUUGCGAGAAAAACAGUUUUCUCAAUCCAGUAAUCUGUUAUUGCGGUGAAAGACUCUCAUCCAAGAUAGGUACUAAAUGGGGAGCAUUAUUGGUUGCUGGUGAUGAUGAAAGUCAGGAGAAAGCAGAUACCAUGAAAAAUGAAAUACUUGAAUUGGAGAGGAUAGUUACCUCACUGGCACCACGCAUUAUUGGUAUAAGUAAGUGUAAAGUCAAGACAGUCGUACCGGAUGAUUCAGAAUCGAAAACCAAAAAGGGUGAAUCGCAAACAUGGUUGAAAAUAAAAGGGCAUAUCAAGAAUUUCAGUGAAGAUAAAGAGAUUGAUACAUUAUUGAUAUACUUCUCGUGUCAUGGUGGUAGCUCUACCGAUGGAAAUAUGUUUGAACUUGGGAAAAAAUCAGAAUAUAUAUCAUUGGAUGAAUUUCAAAAGGAGCUAGACAAAUUGCACAAAAUUGACCGGCUAAUUCUUUUCCUUGAUCGCUGUUUUCCUCCAAAGGUUACACUUGAAAAAAGGAAAUUUGUUCAGAUAAACGCAUGCAGCGAGGAUAAAAAGGCGGUUCUAAACGAAGAAGGCAGCUUAUUUACAAAGUAUGUUAUUCAAGGAUUGAAAGGUAGAUCAGAAGAGAGAGAAUGUUCUAAGGACUGCAAGCAUUGUGAUUGCUUUUGGAACUCGAGAACAGAAUAUGUCUCUAUUUGUAGCUUAUAUGAUUAUGUCAACAAACAUUUAGAACUGAAGGCACCUCAGCCAGACUGGAAAUUGGAAAGCUUUGGGGAAAACAUUGCUUUCUUUACAGACGAAGUAGUAAAGAUAGAAUUUUCUUCAAAAGAUGCUGGUAUAACUAUCCCUCUAUCUCUUGGGUGUCUGAAAAACAUGGACAUGGUCAAACAAGAGAUUCUUUUGGCUUUUAAAGUUGAUACGAAUACGCACAAAGUCAAAAUACGAAGAGACACAUUCCGGAAUGAUCAACAAGUAGAUGAUGAAUGCACAACCUUGGAACAGGUCAUGGAGGCCUGGGUACAAAGGUUUCCACUUUCAGUUUCCUUUCAUAAGAAGGAAGGGACAUAGAGAAGCUCUUUCAAAGACAAUUGAAUGGGAAAAAACUAUUGAAAAAUUAUUGUUAAUUGAAGUCUAUGAAUGACUCGUGAAACAGGAUAUAAUGUUCGCCUUUAAUUUUUCAAUUUCAUUGUUACCUUUAUGUUCUUGAUAUUAACAUAUAGACGUUAUUAUAUACCCUUAUUUAGCACUAAUGUUCUACAUGUACAUAAUCCAACCUUAUAAUAUAUAAACCACUUCAUUCUAGAUAUAAGGGGACUGCCAUUACCCAUAUGAUGAUCAAAAGCAUAAAAUAACCCUUAUGUUUUAGGUAACAAAUAAUCUUACUAUAUGAAAACAUAUUGGUUCUUUCAGUAACACAAAGAUAAAUGUCAUUUUGAGCAAGUUUUUCAAUGAACAAUUCACUCAUACUUAAGCAAUUUGGAUAUUAAAAUACAAGUUACAUCAAUAUGGCAUAAAGAUCUAAGCAAUUCGUUUUGUAAGUAAAGGAAAUUUUAUAAUUUGUAAUAUUAAAUUGUUGUUUUUUUCUUCUUUUUAAAAUAGUUUGAUGGUUUCUCACUUUAAAUUACUUUUCCUGUCUCUUUUACAAAUUAUUUGAACGGGAAUAUCUUUUAACAUUUACAGUCUGAUGCCACAUUAUCUAUGUAUACUUUUCUUGUAACAUUUUUGUGUGGCAUCACUAUGAUUAUUUACUAAGUGAUUGUUUGUUUGAAUACUUUAAAUAUUUUUUAAAUUAUUUAUUGCAUCCUUUUAACGUGAGAUUUGUUAUUCUUACCUAAGUGAAUUUCUACAAAUAAACAUCAGAGACUUGAGUGUUAUCUUUACAUUUUGUUAUAAACUUGUGGCGGCUGUAAAAAGUCUCCCCGUACAUUUAAUCAAUGAUGUUAUAUUUUCGAUCCUUAAAGAUCGUUCAGCACGACAUUAUUGUUGUGCUUGUGGUAUUUUUAGUUUCAACUUUUCGGCAUUUUCUAGAUGGGUGGUUCCAAUAUUCCUACUUGAAUAAUGUUGAAUCACCUUUAGGAUAUGUUGCCUGCUUUUUAAAUUUGUCUUUUGACGUCUUAUCUGUGAUACGCAGGCUUCAUAACCUCUGAUCUCCUUUCAAAAUUCCAUUUUAUUUAGUUCCGACCAUUGUUUUCUCGUUUAGGGCACACGCUUUUUAUUACUUGGGGACGAUACGCCGCUUUUCAUGGAAUGGCACGGAAGUGUCACAUUGAAGGUUCCAUGAUAACCGCCGUAUGAACACAUCUGUGGAUGUUUCUAAAUUCAAAAUUUUACUAUUUCACGUUUAAAUGUUGAAUUCUGCUUAAGCCGGUGCUAGGGGGCGUGGACGGUAACUUGCACUUUCCAGUACCGUCCAUGAACAGGCUCAAUCAAACCGAGCCUGCAACAUUUUCAAUUUUGCCGUGUUGGGCUUUCUUUAGGGAUUCUGUAUUUAUCUAUUUAAUGAUCACAUCCGUGUUAUUUGUGCCGUGUGGCGGCUGUAAAAAGUCUCCCCCUACAUUUAAUCAAUGAUGUUAUAGUUUCGAUCCUUAAAGAUCGUUCAGCGCGACAUUAUUGUUGUGCUUGUGGUAUUUUUAGUUUCAACUUUUCGGCAUUUUCUAGUUGGGUGGUUCCAAUAUUCCUACUUGAAUAAUGUUGAAUCACCCUUAGGAUAUGUUGCCUGCUUUUUAAAUUUGUCUUUUGACGUCUUAUCUGUGAUACGCAGGCUUCAUAACCUCUGAUCUCCUUUCAAAAUUCCAUUUUAUUUAGUUCCGACCAUUGUUUUCUCGUUUAGGGCACACGCUUUUUAUUACUUGGGGACGAUACGCCGCUUUUCAUGGAAUGGCACGGAAGUGUCACAUUGAAGGUUCCAUGAUAACCGCCGUAUGAACACAUCUGUGGAUGUUUCUAAAUUCAAAAUUUUACUAUUUCACGUUUAAAUGUUGAAUUCUGCUUAAGCCGGUGCUAGGGGGCGUGGAAGGUAACUUGCACUUUCCUCCAGUACCGUCCAUGAACAGGCUCAAUCAAACCGAGCCUGCAACAUUUUCAAUUUUGCCGUGUUGGGCUUUCUUUAGGGAUUCUGUAUUUAUCUAUUUAUGUAUAAUUGACAUUGUGAGACAUUUGUAACAAAGUUUUGAUAUUUAUGGAGCCUUUUUAUAUGCCCGAAAAC